CUCUAUGGGGUUCCAGAGGGUUCCACGGGAUCCGUUCCGCUCCCUCAGGCCCCGCCCCCGGAAGCGGGGAACACCGGAAGCCCCGUGACGUCACGUCGGUGGGCGGGGCCGCGGCGCGCGGUGACACCACCAACCAGGUGGGACACCACCAGUGGCAUCACCAACCAGGUGUGACAUCCCCGGUACCACCGCUCUCCAGGUGUGGCCGCUGUCCCCAGGCCAUGCUGCGCCAGGGCCGGGCGCUGGCUCGGGCGCUGCCCGCGGUGCCCCGUGUCCCCCGUGUCCCCCUGUGCCAGCGCCCGUGUCCCCCGCGGGACCUGGCUGUCCCCAACGCCGGCUGGAGCGAGCGCAUGCGGCGCCACUACGGCCGCCUGCUGGACACGGCCGGCGCCGAGGGCUGGACGCGGCUGCCGUCCUUCCGCCGGGCGCGCCACCACCGCCACCAGGUGCCGGGUCUGGCCGGUGGCAGUGACGGUGACAGUGACAGGGACGGUGACACGCGGCUGUUCCCGAGGGCCAUCGAGGGGGACGGGAAGGGCUUCGAGUUCGCCAUGUUCCUGAAUGUCCCCAAGGGCCGCCUGCGCUGCCUGUGCCAGCCCGGGCCCUUCCUGGAGGGACACCCGGGGCUGACCCACGGCGGUGCCAUCGCCACCCUCGUCGACACGUCCCUGGGGACGCUGGCGCUGGCGGUGGCCGGGCGGGUGGUGACAGCCAACCUCAGCAUCGACUACGUGGCGCCUGUCCCCCUGCUCUCUGUGCUCCUGCUCGAGGCGUCCCUGCAGCGCCGCGAGGGACGGAAACUGUUCCUGGGCUGUGACCUGAGGGACGCCGAGGGGGACACGCUGCACGCCAGGGCCACCGGGCUCUUCAUCCAGCAGGGCCCCCCCAAGGAACCGGCGCAGGGCGGGGACAGCGGCCGGUGACUGUCACCUCUGUCACCUGUGCCACCAGUGCCACCUGUGCCACCCUCGGUGACCUCCCUGUCCCCACUGUCCCCAUCAGAGCCGCUGCCACCA